CAAGUCUAAACACGGAACGCACCACACGCGCUGGCUGUAUAUUGAAAGCCAUUGCCUUAUUAUUUCGACGCAUCGUUUGGCGCGGAUUUUGACAGUUGACAUUUUUUUAUCUGUAGUUUUUCGAGAACAUUUUUUUGAAUUUUGGAACGUAUUUGUGAAAUGUGUGCUUAGAUAGUGAUCGCUCCACUUUUAUAAACAAAAGCAGCGAAUUCAACAUGACGUCUGUAUACAUUGAGGGCAAAUCGGUGAUUCGGCCAAUAGCCUUCAAGCCGCUGGGCGGGCGCCUCUCUGCGGGCGGAGAGCGAUAUGGCUCCACUCCGGUGCUGGCCAGCCGACCGCCGUCGCUUAUGACUUUAUAUGGUAGUUCGUCGGAUGUUCGCGAGGCGCGUUGGUGCGGGUCUCCACAGCCCGCGUCGCUGUCCGCUCUGCCGCCCGCGCCGCUCGCGCCCUUGCAUCAGCGACACCACUCCGCUAUAGUAACUAAAUCCAGUUCGGGUUUGGGCACAGACAGCAAGGAGCCGAUCCCAGCGCCGUCGCCGGCAGAUUCUGGAGUUUCUGAACUUGAGAGGGACCAGCAUGAUUAUAGUACAACAGACCGUCUCCGCGGGCACGACGUGCGGUUGCGCGCGCCGCGUCUCAUGCUGCAGACGUACCGACGCGACGUGCGCGACGAGCGCGACGCCGAGCUGGCCAGAGUGAGGCGGGACCGCGCGUUGCUACGGCAACGGCUCGAGGACACUGAGUGGAGUCUCUGUCAGCGCGCUGGGGAGAUCGCGCUGUUGAAGACACAGCUGAAGGACGCGCAGAACGAGCAAACCGCUAAAGGCCACGAGUAUCUCACCCUAAAAGCCGACUGCCGGCAACUCAGAGAAUCUAUCGACAAAAAAGAGUCAGAAAUAAUGAGACUUCGCGCGGAAUCAGAGGAGAAACAACGAACCAUCAAAAGACUGCAAUCCGAAGUCGAUAGACUGACAAGCGAUCUAAAGAACAGCGUCACCGACAUGAACAAGAAUAAAGAAACUAGUAAAAACGAAAUAGACAAAUUGAAAACCGAACUAAAGGAGCUCAGACAGGAACUAUCCGAUGUUUCUCUCAGCGGGUACGAGGGUAUCGAGUGUGGGAGAACUCUGCGGGGUAUCUACGAGUGCAAGAACGAAUAUUGGACCUCCAACGAUAGCGCUUUAGACGCUGAAGUACAAAGACUUAACGGAGAACUACCAGACCCUUGCAACGACAACUGUCCAGCGAACGCAGUCGUCGAUCGACUCAAAUGCGAACUGGAAACUAAAGAAACGCAAUUCAACAACGAGAGACGAAAAUGGUCGGAGGAAAAGGACAAAGUGCUGAGAUAUCAGAAGCAACUGCAAAUGAACUACGUACAAAUGUUCAAGCGAACGCGGACCCUUGAAGCGGAAAUAGAUGGCUUGAGACUCGAAUUGGAGCUUUGCAACAAGAACAUGAAGAACAUCAACCAGCACGGGAAAACCAUAGAGUUGUAAACCAAAUUCUAGCAUAAUAUUUAUUUAGAUGUUUUGUAAAUAAUCUUGCCGUCGGUCAAUAUCGAUCUAUUUAAUACUCAUGAAGGACAGAAGUAUAAAUUAUUGUACAUUUUCUAGGUUAAGUUCGUUAAAAGUUUAUUAUAGUAUUUUAUAAGAUAUGACAAGUUAUUGUAGAUAAUAAAUUUAUUAUAAAAUAACU